AUGCAAAAGCUUAAAAAUUCGACAUUUGAAGCAUUAUGCUUUGGUUUGGUUAAGAAAAAAGUCUUCCAACAUUGUAACUUGCAAGAAGAAAUGUCUCAUGUUGCGGCCCAUUUCAGACUUAUCCAUAAAGGAAGAAACUCUAGGGAUCCAAAAACAGCGCAAGUCACAUCGCACUUAGAACGUGCAUAG